GCAAAGGUGCGAUUGGGAAUGACACAUGACGAAGCUGCUGAGUGUGGCCCAGAAUUUGUCACCCAUCUGGGGAUGCGGUUCGUUGCUGUGCGCACAAAUUUUGUGGAUGUUGAGGUCGGGAUCUCUGAAGGAGAUGCGAUGCUGAAAAACGAUCGAAUCAAUGCAUUUCAAGAUAUCAUCAAAACUUAUUGCCUAGACGCAGCCACAGAGGCAGCAGUGCUGAAAGAAAUACGGGACCGAGGACUGCAGCCCAGUGACUACGUCCUAAUUCCUGUGCAUCCUCAUCAAGCAUCACAUGCCAUACCGAAUUUACACGCAAGUUCUAUCGAGAAACAAAUCGUGGUUCCAUUGAAAGUGUCCUGCACAGCUCGUCCAUUGAUGAAUUACCGCACACUCGUGGUUAAAAACGCCAAUAAGAAAGAGGGACUGCAUGUCAAGACAGCGUUGACAGUUCAGCUCACAAGCGCCAUCAGAGGAGUUUCCUCGACAUCUGCGCGUAAUGCUCCCCGGUUAUCAAAGUUGCUUGCAAGUAUUGUUGACGGCAACCUUGAGUUGCAGAGGACAGAUGCUUUUGGCCGUAAGCUCUUCUUGCCUCACCGGAUUCUUGCCGGAAUCGCGUUCAAAGAAAGCUGCAACAGCCUGGCAGCUGUUCUGCGAGAAGAUGUGGAGAACUUGAUAGCAUGCGAUGAAGUUGCUCUACCUGUAGCAUCGCUUUUUGCUCGAUCACCUCUCACCAAAAAUACUGUCAUUACGGAUCUGAUAAGUGAUUUAGGGGUUGAUCCCAUCAUUUGGUUCAAGGCGCUUACAGAGUUAGUUGUUCCUCCCCUCAUAAUUCUAAUGUCUAGGUACGGUAUAGCGUUAGAACCACAUCCCCAGAAUUUGAUCGUAAUCCUGAGAAAGGGAUGGCCUCAUCGCUUCACGGUGAGAGAUUUUGGCGGUAUUCGGGUUCUACCAUCACGUCUUGCCACACAUGGAUUGUCGAUUGACCUCGACUGUAGAACUGGUCUUGUUAUUGAUGAAAAAGAUCCAUCAGCAGCCGAAUUACAACUUCGUUCAAAAUUGUUUUAUCCUCUGUUCGGACACUCGUUUGCGGAACUUGUUUCCGCAAUAUCCUCGACUGGUAAUGUCGAGGAAACUGAUUUGUGGGAGAUUGUGCGAACUGUAGCUUGGCAGGUGAGGAGAAGUGUCGGCAGUGACGAAACCAACCGGGAUCUCCAAGCCUUGCUGGAAGAGCCAUGGCGAAGAAAGUGUCUUUUAAAGAUGAGAUUAUCUGGUGUCGUUACGGACGACAUAUACGUCGAUGCUCCAAAUCCCUUCAAACAGUUGCCCAGGUAUCCAACACUCGGAAAUAUAGAUUUGACCGACAUUGAGCGAAGAAUGUUUGCAUACCUCUCGCAAAUCGAACCUGAAUUAUGUCAUCUGUGGAUACAGGAGCUACCAACUUCCAAAGAAUCGAUCGAAGAAUGCUUGCAAGAAUCGCUCACAAGGGAAAGUGUUGCGUACGAUGCGGAUUUCAUAACGGAUUUACAAACUGAUUGGGAAAAAUUGAGGAUCGAGCUUAUGGACUCAGCAGCAAACCUCGCACUAUCUCGUGCACUGGUCAAAAGGCGUAGUCAGUUUCUUUGUGGCCGAUUUCCUGCAAGCAAGACCUUAUUUUCUAUCUUGAAAGAGAUGUAUGGUCCAAGUGAUAUAGCAGUUGAGUUGGACUCUUUAGAUGCCACUGGCCACCCUACCCAUCCGUGCCGAAAGACAAGACUUGGAUUUUCACCCGCUGAUUCGUUAGCUUAUUCAUCAGAAUCCGGUCAACCUGUUUCCUUAAAACUAGUUGCAAUAAAGAAUGACCAUGUUAUACAGUCAGGAGAACCCGUCAAAGACGUUCUACAGCGACAUUAUCCGUUUGUGGUCGGUGCAGCUCUCAAAGCUCUUCUUCGCCGUGGAUUCGAUGCAGGUGAAUUUCAAUUCUCAGUAAUACAUCCAUUUCAGUUUCACAACAUCAUACCUCAGAUUUAUGAGGAAGAGAUUAAGGGCGGAACGAUAGUUUUGUUAUCGGAAGUUACCAUCUCUGCGCGGCCGACAAGCUCGACUCGCACCUUACUAACAGUAGCACCAGGGGUCCUCGGCGAACGCCUUGCAAUAAAAACCACGCUAGAUGUCCAGAUAACUUCAAUCGUUCGCACUAUCACACACGAGGAAGCAAUGAAUGGCCCUUGCAUCUCAAAAUUGUUGACGCGCUUACUGAACGAUGAAUCUCGAUGGGCUUGCGUGGCUGAAAGAUCUGGAAUUGCCUUCGUCGACAAGAGCAAGAGUAGAUCAGAAUCUAGCGUCCCACAACGAAUUAGAGACGAAGGGAUAUCCUGUAUCCUGCGAGACGAUAUAGAGCAGCCAGGGACUGACGAAAUGAUCAUUCGCUGUUCAGCGCUGAUCACCGCCUCUCCAAUAUCCGGAGAACCGUUGAUCGUUGAAUGCAUAAAAGGAAACGAUAAAAAACUAUCAUACUCAAGAGCGGCAGACUUUCUGGAUACAUAUGCGGACCUGCUUUUAUCAAUCACGUUACCCUUGCUCUGGAGUCACGGAAUCGUAGUCGAAGCACAUUUACAGAAUACUCUGAUUACCCUCAAGCAAAAUAAACCAACGAAGAUCCUGCUGCAAGACUUCGGUUUGACUGUCAUUCAUCGCGGUAGGCUGUUCGAAGCCGGCGAGAGCAUUGAAAAUAUACCUUACUUUGAAGGGGAGAUGAUGACGGAUGAUAUUGAACACGUUUACAAGAACUUUGAACAUUCUGUUAUUUUUACCAAUUUAAUGCCAGUUGUCAAGGCAUUAGUUGACAACAGUAAAGUUUUUGCGAAAAGUCAGGCUUGGGGGAUCAUCCGUCAGCGGAUUUUAAAGAUUUAUGAUUGUUUCGUACUGACCUCGGAUCCGACGUCAACAGCGGUCUUUUACGCCGGAGAGCAUUUGACCCGUCUUUUAUACAG